CAAUGUCAAAAAAGUGCCAAAAAGAAAAGAAGAGAGAUCUUUCUGAGACUGUAAAAAAAUUGCUUUCAACUCAGACACAAUGCAAUAAUUUUUUAAAGCGUUAGUUGUUUAAUGUUAUUCACGAAAUACUUUGUUUUCAUAGUAUACAUAAAAUGCUUAUAUGCUUAAUCUUAAUUGUUAACUUCUUGUGAAAAGAGUCUCGACACGAUUGCAAAAGUAGUCCGAGGAUAAACGUCAUUAUUUUUAAGAAUCGUCGUAUCACCAAUUUGAAGUUAUCAUAAAAUCAUAAUGGAAAUGGAAAAAGAAGAGGGCGAAAUGAGUGAUAAUGAAAUGGAAGUGGAUGAUAUUGUCGUGCCUGCUAUGCAAGAUAUAGAGAAACACACUGUGUUAUACAAGAAAGAAAAGAAUGGUUUAGUUCUGGAACUACUCGAAAAAGUAGAUGCUCAUAAACUUGAAGAGAGGGCAAAACGAUUUGGUUUUAGUCUUACAGGCAACAGAGUUGUGACACAAGAGCAAAUUGAUGAUCUGUACAAUAAUUUUGGUAUAAAAGAAGGCAACGAACGGCAUUUUCGAUUUGAUACUUUACACUUAGCUGGCAUUGAUGGACUUUCCACCAAAGAUAUAUUUGAAUAUCUUGAAGAUUAUAAACCUGUUGCCAUUGAGUGGAUUGAUAAUAAUUCAUGUAAUAUUGUUUGUCAAGAUCAUAUAGCUGUUGCUUUGGCACUAUUACUUCAUUCACGGGAAAUAACAGAUGAAGAUUUAAAAGAAAUGAUUCAUGAAAAAUCUUCUUACCACUGGCGAGAAGGUUUACCACAUCCCAAUGUGGAUAUGAUCUUGAUGAGAUUUGCAACACAUAGUGAUAAGAAAAUUACUAAAAUAAAAUAUGAAAAACAAAUUGCUCAAAGUAUGGAUGAUGGUAAUGCUAUAAGUAAGAAUCCUUGGGGUGACUUAUGCAUGUCUUGGGGUGUGUAUGAUCAUCAAGAAGUAUUUCGCCGUAAAUUGCCUCAAGAUUAUGAUGAUGAUGAGGAAGACAAUGAUAAUGAACCUAACAAAAGGAUACAAAUAAAAAGUAAACAACUUGCCAUGCGUCUUGGAAAAAGAAGUAAUAAAACAGAAGACUCAGAUGAGGGUUCAUCAGAUUCGGAGUGGAAAAAAAAAUCGAAAACACCCAGAAUGAGGAUGCAUGCUGAUGAUGAAGAGUGUAAACAAAAAAAGCCUGUAGUUGAGCACUCUGAGGAAGAAAAUACAUAUGCUCCACUUUCCAUUGAAGUUAUAAAUACAACAAAUGACUGCACACCUCGAACAACAUUAAGGGUGUCCGAAAAAUUUAAAAGUAAUGCUAAAACAGAUAACACGUUUAGAAAGAAGAGCUUAAAAUCUAGGUUAGGUGCUAAAGUACCUGCACGAGAUCCGGUAUCAAGUGAUGAAUCAUCAGAUAAUUCAGAUUCACUUAUAAUGAGCAGAGUCCAAAAAGUUAAUAAAGUGCUUAAACCACACAGCUCCAGUGUGUGGUCUAGAUUAGAGCUGAAAUCUGGCAGUGUGGAGGAACCUAAAGAUUUAAGACAAAAAUUAAAAUCACGGAAACAGAAAAAACCUGAUGACUUACGAGAUGUUUUAAGCAAAACCAAACAAUCAAAUUUAAUCAUUGAAUUAGACAAUAGAAAUAAAUAACUUUUAUUAAAAUCUUUCACUUUUAUUAUAAACUAAUGGAAUCCCACUAUGCAUUGGAUGCCAAAAUAAUAUAAUGUUGUGAUAUUGAGAUGUUCAUGUAAUCUUGAUUAUUAAAAACAUGCAAUAGCCUUGAAAUAAAACAAGAGGUUGUUAUAAACAUAUUUUUAAUAAUAAAAAAAGAAUUUGUGCUGGUUUGUGUUAAGUGCUCUUAUGACUAACGCAUAUAUUACCUUUUUCUGUGUAGUUUAGUUUUUGUUAGGGUGUAGUGUAUAAUAAGUAGCAUUAAAUAUUGUGAUCUGAAUAAACUUUUAAAUCUUUCAUAAAUGUAUAAAGCAACAUAUCUAAAACUAUAAUUAAUUCGGUACAAAUUGAGUAUUUUAAAUGGCUUUAUGUGUAUAAAGUUAACUUAAACUUCUUACAAAAUUUUAUAAUGAAUAAUGAGAAUGUGGUUUGAUUUAUAUAAAAAAAUGGACACAUUAAAUGCAGUUAAAUAAACAACCUCAAGUUCUUACAGGUUUAUAUGGUGGGCUACAUUAAUGACAUAAGCCUAUGUUAAGUAUAGCUAGUAAAUGUUAGUAAUAGCACAGUUAAGUUUAAAACUUAUAAAUAAGAAAAAGAAUAUUCGAGAACCUGAUACCGCGUGCAGCGGAUAAUAAAAAAAAAGAUAACAAUAUAAAUUGAAUUGUUAAGCAAUAAAAAGUAGCAAGUUUGAGCGCCAUUAAAUAGAAAGAUGAAAACUUUCGAGACAUCGUUUUUUCUUUUUUAUAUAAUGUUAGAUAGAUCUAGUUUUUUUAUACAAUAUUAUCCAAAAUAUCAAUACAAUCUCUGUACAAUGAUUAUGUCAUUACAGGUCAAUAUUGAAGUGAUUUUUUUCAAAUUUUAUUAUAAACUAUAUAGAAAUCUGGUAGUAGUACCCGGUGUGUUCAAUAACAUUAUUAAGAAAUUUCAUUAAGUAAAUAUUGAUAUCUUUUAAGAAUAGUCAAUAUAAUAAAAUCAAUUCAUAGGAAAAAUAUUUUUGUAUUUUUUAUACUUCAAAAUUACCAAUCUGGGUAAAAUGAAAUAAGUGACCCAGAAGGUGUCAUCCUAUAUGUGAAUGUAAAAAUGUUUUUCCCAUAAAUUGUAUGUUACAAAUCAAACUAUUUUUACAAAACAGAUGUAAUUUGACAUGCAAUUUGUGCUCAAUUCUAAAAUUAACGAUAAUUAUUAUUAAUUAUGGACAAUUUAUUAUAAUUUAAUUAGGAAUUAACUAUA